AUGAUGGAUUGGAACCCAAUCCCGUUCGAACCCAACCUCACAUUUGCAUUGGAGUUGUCUGAAGAUUUACAAACAAAGUACUUUGAGCAACAUGAAAAGGCUAAACAAACGUUGGAAAAGUUUUCUCGUUCACUUCAAAAUAUUUUUACCGAGCACCAGAAAUUAUUAAGAGAUAAUCUUCAGUUAUCUUUGCUCAAUGAAAAAUUUAAGCAAAUUAUCCACAACAAUGAAUCUAGUCAGCCGAGGAUUUCAGCAAUUUUUAAUGAUCCAUCUUCAGAAAUCCUUGGAGCAAGUCCAAAUUGUAAAAUUGACAAGUUGAUCAAAACAAAAACUAGUAAAACAACAAAUAAUAAAAGUUACAGUCAAGAAAUUAUUGAGCAAAAAGAAAAUAUCAAUGAAUUAGUGCCAAUAUUUUCAUCCGAUUUUAACUCUGAUAUGGAGGAUGAAACUUUUGGGAAAUGCAAAUCACCAUUACCAUCAAUACCAAAUACUCCAGAAAAAGUUCAAAAUAGUCCAAUAUUAAGUAAACGUAAAAGAUUUAAUUCUAAAAAAAAUAAUUCAUCAAUAUCAAAUACUUCAUCACACUCUAUAACCUCUAGUAAUGAUAGCAAAGUAAGCGCAGCAAAUACACCUAAUGUGCUUGAAAAAAAUAUUAAUGAGAUUGAGAUAGAAUCUGACAAAGAAGCUGAUAAAGAGACUAAGAGAGAAUCUAAAAAAGCAGUUAAACAAGAACUUGAGUAUGAAUUUAAAAAAGAACCCUUAAAAACUAUAGAAAAUACUUUUAUAUCUGCUACUCCAAAAUGUACCCUUAAAACUAAAGAUUAUAAUAUGUUAAGCAUUUCAACUAUUAAUAAUGGUCGGACUGAAUUUGCUGAUAAAGGUAAAAAACUCAGGCAGACUACACUAACCUUGAAAAAAGUGAUACCAGUAAUUGACAUCAGUAAAGUAGACUCUCAAGAAAACUCGGAUAGUAAAAAAAAUGAUUCUAAAAAUAAAGUGGACAGUUCCUGGAGUGAAACGUUUUUUGAAAACGAUAAUAUUUAUACAAAGAAACGGAAAAAGGAUAAUCCAGAUGUUUUGGACAUUAGAAAAGAAUCAGUUGGUGGAAAGAACAUUAAUCAAAUCAAUCAAACUUGGGCAAAAGAUGUAGAUAAGUCGAUGAAAGAUGAUGAACUGAUUGAAACAAGUCCCGCACAAAGUGAAAAAUCAAAAUUGAGAAAUAAGUUGAGCCUGAAAAAACCAGAGAUUAGUAAAACAGAGAUAAAAUAUCCAAAUGUAAUAAAAAUUGAAACUCUGUCAAGGUUCAAAGAAAAAUCAAAAAAAAGCAAUGUAAAAAAAAAUUUCAAUGCAGCAGCAAUCAAAGGAAAAUCAUUUGAACCACAAAGAUCUUUGAGUGAUGACACUUAUUUUUCUCCAGCUGAACUUGCUGAUAACAGAAAUGAUUUGGAAGAUGACGAAAUGGAUAUUACUGAAUUUGAAGAUGAAAUCAAAUCAAAAACACCACCAGCAAAAAGAAUGUUGCUAGAUAGUUAUGAUAUGGUGCCAGGUAGAUAUGAAAAAAGUCCAGAUUUUGCUUACAAGGAAGGAGCUGUUCGAAAUAAGAAUGAAAGAGCCCAAUUACAAGGAUGGUGUUGCAGAGACUGUCAAGGGUGGUACCAACAUUUACCUCUUGAGGAACAAAAGAAACGAAUGAAUGAAUGUUCUAGGCAUAGAGGAAGACAUAAUGUUAAUCCACCAUCGCCAGAAAGCUUGUGGAAUCCUGACUUUGACGAGUCAUACAAAUCUACUUGUGAGUGA